UCCUUGCAGUUUGCAGCUCCACAAACAUAGCAUUGCUCGCUCGUUGACCUCAGAGCCACAAGCAUAGCACCGCUCUCCUUUGAGAUCGAUGGAGACCAAGGUGGAGCUGCAGGAGUCGACGCUGGUGGCGCCCAGCGAGCAGACGCCGCGGCACGGGCUGUGGCUCUCCAACUUCGACGUCACCGCCGCCAGGACGCACACGGCGCUCGUCUACUACUACCCGGCUCCGGCUCCCACCACCGGCUUCUUCUCGCCGGAUCGCCUCAGGGCGGCGCUCGCCAAGGCGCUCGUGCCCUUCUACCCGCUUGCCGGCCGCCUCGGCAGGGACGAGGACGGGCGGCUGCAGGUCGACUGCCAUGGUGAGGGCGCGCUCUUCGUCGUCGCAACGGCCGACUGCGCCGGGGAGGACAUCUUCGGCAACUUCGUGCCCUCGCCAAAAAUCAGACAGGCGUUCGUUCCCGUCGUGCCGUCCGGCGAGCCGCCCUGCGUCAUGUCCAUGUUUCAGGUGACCUUUCUCAAGUGCGGCGGAGUGGUGCUCGGCACGGCGAUCCACCAUGCGCUCAUGGACGGCAUCGCCGCCUUCCACUUCAUCCAGACGUGGUCCGGCCUGGCGCGUGGCCUCUCCCUCUCCGAGGCGUGCCCCUCUCCGCCCUCUCACGACCGCACGCCCCUCCGCGGCCGGUCGCCGCCGCACGCCGACUUCGACCACCUCGCCUACUCCUCGGCGUACCUCACCGGCCCUACGCGCCCCUCCAACACCAUCGUCUACUCCGUCUCCCCGAAGCUCCUCGCUGACCUCAAGUCCAGGUGCGCGCCGGGGGUGUCCACCUACGGCGCUGUCACGGCUCACCUCUGGCGCUGCAUGUGCGUGGCGCGCGGGCUGGCGCCGGGCUCCGACACCCGGCUCCGCGUGACCGUCAACGUCCGCCACCGCCUGCAGCCGCCGCUGCCGCGCCACUUCUCGGGGAACGCCAUCCUGCGCGACCUCGUCACCGUCAAGGUGGCCGACGUCCUGGCCCAGCCCUACCCCGGGUACGUCGCCGACGCGGUGAGGAAGUCGCUGGACGGCGUGAACGACGCGCACGUGCGGUCGGUGAUCGACUACCUGGGGAUGGAGUCCGAGAAGGGCACCUUGGAGGCGGCGCCGUGGCAGCUCCUGCCGGAGUCGGACCUGUGGGUGACGGGCUGGCUGGGGCUGCCCAUGUACGACGCCGACUUCGGGUGGGGCACGCCUCGGCUGGUGGCGCCCGCGCAGAUGUUCGGCACCGGCAUGGCGUACGUGAUGCAGCGCCCGCACAAGGACGACGGCAUCGUCGUCUUCGUGGCGCUGGAGCCCGAGUACGCGCGGUGCUUUGAGGACGUCUUCUACAACCAGUAAAACCCAGGGACCUAAUCGAUCAUCCAGAUUUUGGAGAGAGUGAAACGCAUCAACUUGCCAUCAGAGAGGAGCAUUUUUUUUUUGUGUUUGGGAUUCACAAGUCUUGCAUUUGUAUUUUAUUUAGAAUUUGCCAUCAGAGAGCGAGAGCAGCAUUGUUGUCA